AGAAAAUUUCACAAAUAUUAUUUAUCAAUUUGAAUUCAUCCUCUAACUGGGUUCGUAACUUCGAAAAUAGGAGAAAUUUUAGAGAGAGAAACAGAUUCCAAGAGAGAGCGAGAGAUGUGCACAUUAGAGAAGCGAGGCAGCCUCUUCAUUCUAACCCUAACCGGCAACGAUGAGCACAGGCUUAACCCUAACCUAAUCGACGCCAUCAAAGCCGCUCUCCACCGAGUCCGUUCCGAGUCUACCGGCCCCUCUGCUCUCAUCACCACCGCCUGCGGCAAAUUCUUCUCCAACGGCUAUGAUCUCGCCUGGGCCAACACCACCAGUCCCGCCGCCGCCGCACAGCGCAUCCAACUCAUGUCCUCCAAAUUAAGGUCGCUCGUUAACGACCUCAUCUCGUUUCCAAUGCCGACGAUCGCCGCCGUCUGCGGCCACGCCUCAGCUGCCGGAUACAUCCUGGCGCUCAGCCACGACAACGUUCUCAUGAGGAAGGACCGGGGGUUUCUGUACAUGAGUGAGGUGGACAUUGGGCUCAAGAUUUCGGCUUGGUUCGUGUCCGUCGUCAGCACCAAGAUCGGCUCGGCGAUUGCUCGGCGCGACGUGAUUUUGAGAGCCGCGAAGUUGACGGCCAAGAUGGCGGUCGAGAGAGGGAUUAUCGAUUCGGCUCACGAUGGCGCGGAGGAGACGGUGGAAGCUGCUGUGAGAUUGGGGGAAGAGCUGGUGGGGAGGAAAUGGGAUGGACACGUGUACGGUCAGAUCAGGAGGGUUUUACAUGCUGAUGUGUUGCGUGCCAUUGAGUUUGACGAGACUGUGGAAGAUGCGGCUGAGAUUAUUGCCUCGCGACUUUAAUUUACCCACAUAAAACACAUAUUUAUCCAAUUUUACAGUGGUAAGUCGUUUGAUAAAAUCCUAUUGAUUUUUCUUGUAAUGUACUCAAAAAAAAAAAAAAAAAAUUAAAUAAAUAAAUAAAAGAGUAAUUGCAGAAUAAAGUUAUGUUAAAUGCUAGAUUGAUGUUAUAUUUUGUGUGUUAUAUAUAAAAUUAGUGUCUUAAAAUUAAAAUUAAGUAAAAUAAAAAAAUUUGUUCAAUCAAUUUUAUGCAAUCCAACAUAACAUAUAUUUUUUUUGGGAGGUAAAUAAUACUAACAUUUUUUAUAUGUGUGUGUGUAUUUACGCAUACUAGUAUAAUUGAUCUAGAUAUGAUUGUUAAUCUCUUCUGUUCGGAGAAAGAAUAACUAUAUUAUAUAUACACAAGGAGUUUAGAGAAGAAUGGAAUGACGGUAAGUCACACGAAGAAGUUAUUGACAAAAAAACAAAUAAAGAAGGGGUAAAGGGCAAAAAAAUCUUAUAAAAUGUCUCUAAACUAUGUUUUGUUGCAACUAAAG